GCCUUUUUUUAAGGAAUUAUCUACAGUUUUAUUUGAAUGGCAGAAGAAAAUAGUAUUUUAGAUGAAAAACAUUCAAGCGAUCUCAAUCAUAUCGGGGAUAAUGAUUUAAAUGAUGGUCCAACAAUUGAUAAAACGGAACUUCCUACAAAAUACAUUAUUAAUAAUUUAAAGCAUACAUAUACCGAGGCUGAUACAAAAAAGUUAAAUCUAGAGGAAGUACCUGAAAUUAAUCAUAAUUCACCAAAGAGAUUAUCUCCAAUUAAAGAAACAGAAUUACUUAAACAUGUUGAAGAAAUUCAUAAACUGGAUAAGAUAGAACAGAUAGAUGGAGUUUAUACAAAUGAAAAAAAGGGAGAGAGUAAAAAAUUAUCUAAAAUACAUGCUAAUGAUGAAACAUCUAAAAUGUCCACACCAAAAUCAGAAAAAGAGAAAAAACCAUUAUUUGAUCAGCCCAUAGAAACCACAGGUAAAAGAGAACGGAAAAAUAUUGAAAGAUUGGCUAUGCCUGAUAGUAGUCAAAAGCAAACCCUUACCAUACCCCAAGGAAGAGGAUAUAAAUUAGGCUCAUGCCAAAUAAUUGAAACAAAACUUCAAAAAACGAAAUCAGAGGAUUUAAAAAUAUUGCAUAGAUUAUUGUUUGGAAAACCUGGACAGUUGGCCCUACUAAAAAAACACAUUAGAGAAUUUAAUGGCUUCGAUUUUGAAGAAAAGGGACCUGAAUAUAAUAAAAAGAUGGAGAUCAUGAAUAAAUUAACUUUGACUAAUCUCAAAGAUAUCUGUGGAAUUUUAAACCUUCUCAAGAAAUCUAGCACAAAAGAAGAAAUAAUGUCAAGAAUUAUGGAGUUUCUGAUGCAGCCUCAUAUCUCUGAAAAUAUUCCUGAUGAAAAAAAAAAGAAAGCCUCCACAUCUUCCAGAAAAUCUUCGAGUAAGACAAAACCCAGAAAAUCAUCUGCCAAACAGCAAAAAGGGGGGGAUCAUUCAUCUAUUUCACAUGAUGACGAGGAGAUUGACCAUGAUUUUAAUGAUAAAAAUGAUGAGAAAAAAAUUGAAGAAGAAAAUGAGAUAUCAUUGGAAGGAACUGAAAAAAUAUCUACACCUAAACACAAGACUCCUAGUAGAAUUGCUAAGAAAAAGUUGGUUUAUGUGGAGGAUUUAAAGAGUCAAGAAAGUGGAGAUCAAGAUGAUGCCUCUGAUAUAGAAACAACUGCCUCUAAAAAAAGAAAGAAAACAAAUUCCAAAAUGACUGCAAGAUCUUUGCCAAAAAAAUUAGGUGGCGCUACUCCACCCAAGAAAGUAAAGCACAGUAAAAAUAAAUCAACUAUACAAUUCCCAAGCAAAAAGAAAUCAGCCCAUCUUGAUGAAGAAAAAACUAUUGGGCUUAUAUACACAGAUACUGACGAAGAGGAUGAAAGUGUUGAUAAAGUACGGAAAGAAUCUCCACAUGUUCAUAAAAAAUCAAACAAAAAGGAUGCCCACAAGGGGAAAAAAGCAGAGUCAGAGCAUAGUACUCUAUCUCCAUCUAAGAAACGUCCCACUGAACAUGAUGAAGAUGACCAACCAUUAGUCAAAAAAGCGCUCAUUAACAACAGUUAUCCUUCGGAGGAAGAAAUCAAAAACACUGUUCAGGAUAUCUUAGAAGGAGCAAACUUGAUGGAGAUUACUAUGAAAACCGUUUGCAAAAAAGUUUAUGAUAGAUAUUCGGGAUACGAUUUGACACCCAAAAAAGAUUUUAUCAAAGACACCGUUAAAGCGGUUAUUUCAUAAAGCCUGAUAUAAAAUUAUCUCAAUUGUAAAGCUUUAGAUGGAUAUAUAUCGUGAUAUUACUAGAAAAUUUGGGAACUGCUAAAAUAAAUUCAAUUACUUAUGUUAUAUUUUAGUAUUACAUAUUUUAGUUCAUAGUUUUUUAAAAUAUGAGUUUAAACAUUGAUUAAUACUCAUUAAUAUUAGUUUGAGUUUUAAAUUAAUUAAUAUUAUAUGAAAAAACGUGUCCACAUUUUCCUAGAGAUUUAUGUCAUUUAUUUUGUAUAACUGUAUAGAAUUUAAAUAUAUAUUUUUUAAAAUGUCAAUUACUGUAUCAUUCUUAUAAUAUGUUUUUAUUAUUCAUUUAUUUUAAACAAGUCUAUAAUUUAUAGAAAAUAAAAUUACUGUUUAUAUUUAUAAAUAUAUACAUUUUUUUUGAUUCAAAAUAUGGUUAGAAUUAAAUAAAUUAGGGUUGCCUUUA